UGCAUUUCACUUAUUGAGGCAAGUUCUUUGACAAAUCCAUCUGGACAAGUCGACCAUCAAGCUGGUUAUCGACAUAGACGAUUAAAUCAAUUUACGGUUGGUGGAAUUUACGAAUGCAAUAGCCGUUGUCAGUGUGAUCGACGUUGUGGCAAUCGAGUGGUCCAGCAAGGGGUCUGGGUACGGAUGCAAGUCUUUAAAACAGAGAGGAAAGGCUGGGGAAUCCGUGCUCUUCAUGCUAUCCCCAAGGGGACAUUCCUUUGCAUCUAUGCGGGGGCCAUUUACAAUGAAGAGACAGCUCAUCACCACUGCCGUCACCAUAUCAAAAACCAAUGCCAACACUUGCAACAUAAACAGCAACAUAAAUAUGAAAAGGCACGUCAGCAGAUUCAUCAAGCUGGUUGCGAGGCCGGUUGCGGAGUCCGUGAAUCGGUACUGGUUGGUUCAACAGGCCGUCGCCAGUUCUAUCCAGUUCGCCAGCCAGAUUGGUUGCGCGCUCGACGCUAUUUCAACGACCAUCAUCCCUACAUCAUGGAUGCUAAAAAAAUAGGAAACCUUGGCCGCUACUUCAAUCAUUCAUGCAAUCCCAAUGUUUUUGUACAAAAUGUCUUCAUUACAAGUCACGAUCCACGUUUCCCUGAAGUCGCGUUUUUCGCAGCACGUAAUAUUGAAGCAGGAGAAGAAAUGACUUGGGACUACGGCUACACUGUUGACCAAGUACCAUUCAAAGUGCUGUAUUGUUACUGCGGCGAGCCUAACUGCCGAAAACGAUUGCUUUGA